GACGUUCUGGUCGCAAGAACGUGGAAUAAUUGCGGCACUUGUUUACUCGUCAGGAUUAAAAGGACAACAAACAUGACGACGUCUUCCCUUCCUGUCCCCGAGGACAGCGACCCCCGGCUCAAACUGACGCUGGGAAACCGAAUACGAAACGUGUUUGUCACACAGUUGGAAGACAGCAGACACAGAAAAGAUGAACAUGUCAACUAUCUACCUGUUGUGACAGAGACUUCCAGCAGAGUCCUCGAGGCCGGAGUGAACACUUUGCUCAAGACCCUGAUUCUGAAGAAACAAGCUGAGCUGGACAAGGUGGACCAGCAGCUCACACUCAAACGACAGGAGUUUAAGAGCCGCGCUGAGGCUCUAGCCCGGAGAAGGGCUGAGCUGGAACUAAAACAACAGCAGAGUACAGAGAGUUUGAAGAAGUUUGAGAAGUUUGUGGCUGAAAAUGAAGUGAAGCGACGCCGAGCGCUGCAGAAUUAUGAGGCGGCGCUUGAGCUGAACAUUUCAAAACAGAGAGAAAUAGAAGAUCUGACAGAUCAGCUGAAACAACUGAGAGCCAGAAAGCGAGUUUUAAAGGAGAGAACGUCCAAAUACAAAAUCUAUGAAGACUACUUGAUGAAAGCAAUAGAUCAUUUCCCGAGCAUUUACCUUGAUAAUGGGUCUGAAUCUCUGGUUAUGCCCAUCAUUCGGCGCCAUGAGACCCUGACCAUCACCCACCGGGAGCUGCUGCAGUGCUUGAGGAGUCUGGAGGAGGAGGUGGAGCAGGGCCAGCCACAACUGCUGAUCAUGAAGCAGGAGCACAGUAUUAAAACACUGAUGGCCAAUAAAGAACUGUCUGAACUCCAGAGUGAGUUAGAAACCCUGAGAGAGACGAACAAGCAAGCAGAGGUUAACCUGCUGCUGGAGCAAGACCUGUCCAGGCAGAAGGUUGAAGAAGAGGGUCGCUUGCUUAUGGCAAUCAACAAUCUUGCAGAGCAGUGCUAUCUCUCAACAUAUGGACCGUUGGAAAACAUGAACACACUGACAAUGAUGGACAUGGUGAAGGAGUGCAUCCUGGACAAGGCGGACACGGAGAGGAGAGUGAGGAGGCUGAUGGAGUCUGGGUCGGCCAUGAUGACGAGUCGAACAGCUCCGACAGACAGAAGGGAGAGUAGAACAGUAAAACACAAAUUAAAGGUUCAAGUAAAGUCAGUUGAAAGAGUGAGACAAUGAGUUGAUGUGGAACUAACAACUUAGUUCGUGGCACUUUUAAAGUAAUCAGCGGUUUGUUGAGUGUGAAAAUAUGUGUUUGACUUUGGAAGCUGCAGUUUGAGAAGAAAAAGUACAACAUGACAAGUCUGACACCUGAGAACACGACAUCCGCGAAUGAAGAACCUGGGAUUAAAACUCUGUAAAAAGCAAGUAAACAUAGAUUGUGUGAGGAUAUGUUUGUCAUUAUCUAUGAGUGGUUUGACUUUCAAUUGCUAUUAUUUUUUGUAACAGCGUCAGUGUUCAAAACUCUUCACAAAAAAUGCUGUGGACCCAAUCUGACCUUCCUGUGAUCAGUACACAUCGUGCAGGACCAAAUGCUGCAACCAUUUACACGUUCUGUUCCACAUAGUUCACGUUUAACUUUUUACUCAACAUUACCAAACAUGUGCAGCAGAGCAAAUACCUGAAUAUGACAUGCUCCAUGUUGUAAGACACUGGAAUACAGGUUUUCAUAAAGCCCUGUACCGAAAUCACCAAAUACGUUGCAAUGCUUCUGAGAAACAUAGCAAACUAUGUCCAGACGAAUUUUUAUUUUAUAUGCAAUGAAGUAAUAUCCUGGGGUUUUAUUUUUUCAAUUAUGUCUCAUGUUA